AUGACACGUGAAAUACGAAACAUGGAGCUUUUGAACAAACCAGCCAAUCAGGCCGAUCGAUGCGCAGAUGCUCAUAAGGCAGCUGAUGACAAGAGAAAUGAAUCAACCUGGAAGGGGUGCGAUGACACCGGAAUCAUGGGAUGCUGCUGCCGUCACGAUGCUGCAAUCUCUAUGUGCAACAUAUACAAAUCAGGUGAGCAGAGGUCCCUGCCUUUAGCAUUACUCAAAGAACUUCUUGGAAAGGUGGAGGUCGGGCGGCCGGUUGGGGUUUUGUAUGAUAUUGGUUGCUCCCUCCACAAAUAUAUUGGAGCGCGUGGUCUACUAUCACAAUACACACCUCAACUCACCUUUGGAACAUCAAUAUUCCACUCCUAUGUCCACAACUGGAUGUGCCAAUUAGAUUACAAUCCGAGGUUCAACAUAGGCUGGGGAUUGUCUGACGGAGAAGGUCUUGAGCGAUUAUGGUCAUUUUUAUCACCUCUUGUGAGCCCAUUGAGAUAUGCUAGCCGUAAUCAUCGUUUAGGAGCAAUCGCCCAUCGCGUCAAGCACCACAACACACGGGGGAUAAGACAAUUGUCCUUAUGGCUUUCUAAGAAAUUUAAAAAUGCAGUCAAACGGCGCUGCGAGACUCAGGAUCAACUUGCGCGUCUCUUGUCAACUCCAAACCCAUUCAAUCGCUCAAAAGCAAACUACACAGUCUCGUUUUUCAAGAAGCAAUGGGCCCAUCAGAAGACAUUCAGAUCCGAUCACACCGAUGAAGAGCAAGAGCGGAGAAAUAAACUGAUAAAAAUGUACGAGCAUCGAGAGGCACUUGAAGUCCAAAGGCAAGUCGAAUCGUUUUACCUGAUUGAUUGCAAAUAUGUAUCGAUGGAGCUCAAGAAAGUGGAAGAAGAGCUGGGUGAUGCUCUUCCAUCCAGUGAAGUUAACGACGAUGAGCAGCGACUACUAUUACUUCUCUGGAAUUCUAAGCACCAGCUGUACAUACAGGCAGUUCAACUACAUGGCGAGCGACAGCCAUACUUGGAUUCAAAGCGAAUCGGUACUCGCCUCGGAACCGAGCUCAAAGAGAAGAUUAUGAAGGCAAUGCAAAAUCGACAAGCAGCGGUCAAGAGUUUGCUUGACAGCUUCAACAAGCUUCUUGGCGAAUUUAUUGAGAAAUUUCCCAAUCAGCAGGUGUGCGACUCAUCACUCUACCCUCUCGAAUACAAAACGUUCUCUCAUUGGCCUCUGGAUCACCACUUUUGGAACGAUGGAUUGUACAUGCAAUGCAAGGAACCUUGGGCGAUUGAUCCAAACGUACGAGCUGGAAUCAACUGCGUGCUCAUUCUCAGUCGAGUACAGGAGGAAUUUCAACUCAUCGCCCAGGAGUUGGCAAGGGCAACAGGAUGGGCAGUUGCAUACUAUAGUCGCAUUUCUGACCGUAUCAACUAUAUUAGCAGACGAAUUGCACUGUUGGCGAACGAAGCAAAUGCAUCCGAAGAUGUUGAACUUGACUACAUUGACAACUUGGAGCUUUACGGAUUGAGUCGGUGGGAUAAGUUACGGGUGAUUAGGAAAUUACUUCGACAUCAACGCUCAACUCAUGUUACAUUGGUGAACGAGUGGCAUUCGCAUGUUCUGUGGCUGAAUAGCCACUGUCAGCCAGCCAACAAUCGAAGCGAAUUACAACAGCAAUGGCAGAAGAUGAGACAUGAAAUUCGACGGGACCAAGCGGAGUCAAUUGUGACAAACCUGGGCGAAGUGGAUGUUGCACUCGAGGAGGGUGUUCUGGAGGUUGGGCAGGAUGAUGGAGAAGAUGCCGAUGGAAAUUGGAUGACCGAUGAAGAGGUUGAAGACAACCAAGAAGAUCAAGAUCAAGGUCAAAACACAGAUGAGUCUCCGGCUCACACGUGA